ACAAAGCAAACCGACAGCGACGGUUUUCUUACAAUACUCUAGUGACAGUUUCGUGAAAAAAAAGUGCGAUGAGUAUCCUUCAUCGGAUAUCCGUCAUUGCGAUAUGUGCCAGUUUCAUCUUCGGGGCCGAUGGACAGGCCACUUGUGCUCUGUCAUAUGAAAACGGAACGGAACUGUCCGAUACGUAUUGGAGUUUUGGAUUCGUUCUGGAUGCUAUAGAUGACACCUCUGAAUCAGGAACGGUUCUGCUUAACAUGACGGCUUCUUCAAUUACGAGCAUUAACACUAUUGUGGCUGAUAGUGACAGCGGGUACUUCUACAUGCAGCCCGUUCUGGAAAAUGGACAAUUCAUCGUAACCCUGACCGACUACUUUUCACAAUACGAAGAGCUCGAGUCCACAUCGACGAUGCUCGUCACAAUAACAUUCACCUGUUCAGUCAACAGCCGAUCACUAGAAAUCUAUCAACCGAUAACGGACACAAACAACAACUAUCCCGAGUUCCAGGAUGCUCCUUAUACUUAUGAGCUGCCAAUGCCUUUUCCAUCAGGAUUCUCUGUGCAAUUGUUCGGCACUAUUUCCGCUAAGGACAUCGAUCUCACGAAUACGAAUAUCAGUUUCACUUUAAACUCUUCUGAUUCCAACGCUAAUGGGUUUUCCGCAUCGUGGUUAUCUCAAGACACAUCAGAUACCAAACUACAUUACGCUCAGCUAUUGACUACGGCUCUGCUGAAUAUUGAAGAAGAUGUAACUUUCAAGAUCUACGCAACGGAUACUGGUACACCUGCUCUGACUUCUGAAACGAGCAUUACUAUCAGCGUGGAUGAAGAAAACAGUACUCCCUCUAGUCCGAUAUUUACGUAUCCUGUUUACAUCGCGGAUCUCUCCGGUCUCACUGAGGAAGAGGCAAAUGGCACAACGGUGGUCUUCAAUCAAGGCGACAUCACCUUGAGUCAAGGAGCCAGUAAUACGACGUCGUUCACGAUCGUUGACAAUAUAGGGAGUUACGAAGACAAUUUCCUGAUCACCGUUAGUGAAGACUACACCACCAUUAGCAUAACCCUUCAGAAUGUGGGCUCUGAAUUACUUGCUGAAUACUACGUCAUCUUAACUCUAACUGCAGUAAGAACUGGCGCAACAGAUACGGGAAUAACCAUUUUGCACAUUGCUUUACCCGGAAUUGUUUCUACGGGAUGUAGUUCGACUACAACAGAAGGAGGUACCACCAUUGUCACUUCAACUAUAGCAACUAUUUCAGCAGUGACAAGUGAAACAGAAUCCACGAUAGCAACUACCACAAUCACGGAGUGCCCGACAAUCACCACGGACGAUUGUGUCUGCGAUUCUUCCACGACAGUUACUUCUGGAUACGAAAGCACCUAUACAACGACGACUACUGACAGAAGUGAAGAUUCAACAACGACCAGUACCAGUGAUGGUGCAACUGAUACUACAGAGAAUGUUGCAACAACCACGACUACAGUCGAAACAACCGAAUGUCCUGUUGUAACUGUUACCCAAGAAUGUGAUUGCACUGAAUCAACGGUGACUACAUCAUACUCUGCUGCAACUACCACAGUAGCAGUUGACACUUUAACCACAACCCUAUCACCCGGAAGUGAAACCACAACUUUGUCCACCGAAGAUGAUACUACGAUUACGACAACCACGAUUGUCACUCCUGGCUUGAGUUUCUCAAGUAGUACCUACAGAUUUGACAAGAACUCUACCUUCACUGGAAUUCUUAUGACGCAAACAGCAGUGGCCACUAACGCUGAAGGAACCAUUGUCUAUUCUGUGUCUAUUGACGAUGAUGAUCUUUCAUCCAGGGUUAUAAUAGACGCUGACACUGCUACCUUAGAAGUUACAGCGGCAAUCAGCCCGGGAGUUUACACAUUUCAAAUUUUAGCGACUAUCGACGGUUUGAGCAUUAGUGCAUCGGCAACCGUCAUUCUUGUAAUCAGCACGCUAACUGAGUGCAGUGGUGACAUCGUAUUUGGUUAUGCUCUCCAGAUUAUCGAACUUGAAGAAGAGUCAGCCCAUGAAAAUAUACUCCCACUCGACGAUAAUGGGUGCAACUAUACUAUUUAUUCACAAACACCUAGCCAAGACUUAUUUACUAUCACCGGUAACUACCUCAACACGGUCGCCAUUGACAGAGAGGCUUCAUACUUUAGCAACAUGACAGUGGCUCAAGUUCGUGUGAUCAUUGAUGCGAGCUGUCCGAACGAUACAGAUACCACGAACAACACCACGACUACCAGAUCGAAACGAGACACGGAAUAUGAAAUCUUGACCGAGAACAUCGCAUAUGAGCGUACCAGAACUGUUUUGAUUGUCAUCAUCACCGACAUAAACGACAACGCUCCUGUUUGGAAUUCCAACACACCAACCUACAUAGGGUUCCCUGGAUACGAGCUGGCGCAACUCAUUCUCGUUCCCUACGUCUAUCAACUUGGGGCGACUGACGCCGACAUUGAUGAUAAUGCAAUUGUAACCUACUCACUACAAAGUGGUUCCAACGAUGUCUUCUACAUCCACAAUACGGAUGGAACACUCUACAUACAGCAGGGUGUCUACACUGAAGACGGUUACCAAUUCACGGUUACUGCAACGGACGGCACCUUUGAAACAUCAACCGACCUGACAGUUAGAACACUCGCGAGUAGCAAUGUAGCUGUUCUAUUCAUUAACGGUGGUCUUUUAGAAGAUGUUGAUGACAUUGUAGAGGAGUUGAGUACCAGUACUGGAUAUUGGGUUCAGGCACUCACUUCGGCCGUAAUAUCUGAAAGCGAUGCUGCAAAUUUCACCUCUUUAAAGUCACUCUCCAGCUGGACAAAAAGAGCUACCGAUACCAAUACCCUUCUUCGACUUGUCCUCUACGGACUGAAUAUCACCGAACCUGUGGCCAGCGAAAUUCUAGUCUCAACCGUUGAAGGUACUAACUUCACUUGGGGAAUCAGCGACUUGGCGACAUUGGAAUCAAUUCUAGCUGACAGUUCAGAAUCCGCCAUGUUGACAGAAUUCGAUACUCGUGGUUAUUGGGCAGCGAUAAUUGUGCUAUCAGUGCUUUUGUUAUUACUGGCAAUUGCCGCUGGUGUCGUCUACUUCUUGUUCUGCAGACCCAACAAAUCCACGUCAGUGGAAUCCGAUGUUUCAUACGAGAACUUUGAUGGUCGUCAAUCAAACGAAAGUAACGGAAAUUACUACGUGAAAUCAGUAACGUUGAGCGAGUCACAGGACCAUGUAUCGGAGUCGACAGACUCGCCGAGUGCUGAGUGGGUUUUGAAUCAAACGACAAAACCAGACAAAUUAGACUUCGAAAAUAACCGUUCAUUCAGUACUCUGAAAGGAAGCAAUGAUGGCGAUAUUACAUUCGUCACACGAAACGAGAGUAGACCAGAUACCUCGCCUAAUCUUACUAAAAGAAAAUCAGUGGCAUUCAGCAGCACCGUUGAAGAAAUCGAAGUUGCCAGACUUUGAUUGACUAUCACAAAGAUAUUAUGCACAAUCAAAAUCAUUUUGAUACGUUAAGUUAGUACGUAGGAAUAAUAGAUAUGAUAAUUUUAUUACCUAGCCUGUACAUUUGAAUACUUGUAAUAUACUCAUAAUUAUUGUUACAGUUAUAGAUACGCUAUCAAAAACAUUGUAUUGUGACUA